ACAAUGUCUCCUUAAAACACUCUUUUGUUGCUGCUAACUGCUGCAUCAAAGCAGCAGCAACUGUCUCCCCGGGCUGUCUCCUUGGCCCGGGCGUCGUUGUGGGCGCCGGCGUGCUGCUGCCCCCCUUCACGCGCUGCUGCGUCCCCCAGCAGCAGCAGCAGCAGCAGCAGCAGCAGCAGCAGGACUUGGGGCCCGAUGGAGUUGGGAUCGUCGUUCCCUACCUGGGAUCGUCUCCAGCAGACUUCGAAGUCCAGAACCUCGGGGUGUCUGUACUCCCCAGAAUCAAGCUGCCCCUCCCCAAGUUCGACAACGACGACGAUGAGACACAGUCGAGGGCUUCGGAGGCCUUUACAGCAAUUAGCGACGCAGAAAGCCCUUCAGUAGCUCAACAUGACGAUCAAGAGGACGCAGCGUUUGCUGCUGAGAUAAGCGCAAUGGCGCUGGAGGCGCUGCAGCAGCCGCAGCAGCAGCAGCACAAAAUUUUGGAAAUGAAAGCUUACAGAUUGGCCAGCAACAAAACAGAUGGAGAUGUUGCUGAAAUUCUUUUCUUCACUUUGCUGCAGCAGCUAAUGCUCACCGCCCCCAGAAGCAAAGAAGCUUUUGUGGAGUGGCUGAAGGACGAGGAGACAGAAAGCGAUUAA